UUGCUAGUUGAGAUGAUGGCGACUGGGACGCCGGAUUCGCAAGCCCGAUUUGGUCAGUCGGUGAAGGGGCUUCUCACGGAGAAGGUGAACACCUGCGGCACCGACGUAAUCGCGCUCACCAAGCAGGUGCUGAAAGGCUCCCGGAGCUCCGAGCUGCUGGGGCAGGCAGCUCGAAAUAUGGUACUACAGGAAGAUGCCAUCUUGCACUCAGAAGAUAGUUUAAGGAAGAUGGCAAUAAUAACAACACACCUUCAGUACCAGCAAGAAGCUAUUCAAAAGAAUGUUGAACAGUCGCCUGACCUGCAGGACCAGCUGAGUCAUUUACUGAAGUAGCAUGUCGUAACAGUAGUUGACUUCUUUGCCCGAAUGUGUUCUACACAACCAUCAGGCCGUGGCCUUGGUUUUUAUUUUCAUCUCCAAAAAAAUCUAGAAAGGAAAAGAAGAAGCCAAGUGACUGAACAUGGAAGCAGUUCUUAAAUCGAAUUCAUUCAUCUUCAAGUUGUUUUAUAGGUUGAAUCAUUAGCACUAAAAAAAAGAGAAAGAUACCUAAGCUUGUUAAAAGCUGUAUUGUCUGUGAUGCUAUAUACAUUGAUAUACGCCCCCCCCCCCAUGUCCCUGUGUAGCCUGCUGGCUUUGAACUCAUAAUCCCCCUGCCAUAGCCUCUCAAGUACUGGGAUUCCAAAUCACUGCACCUGGCCACUGAGUACCACGAGUUCUCUGAUACUUGGGAGACUGAGGCAGGAGGAUUACUUGAGCCCAGAAAGUUGAGACCAUCCAGAGCAACACAGAAAGAACCUAUCUCCAGGAAGAAGAAGGGACGGAGGGCGGGGCAUCUAUUGUGAUCACGUGAGAAUGCUUUUUGUUUUAAAAGAUGUUUAUCAUUCAUUCAAGAGUCUUCAUUUAAUGGACACAGGACACGGAUGAUGGCUGUUGUCGUCUUUCUCACUAUAAAUUCUUAUGUGAAAAUCAGGCCAGUGGUAUCCUCCCUGGCCAGCUGCAGCUCUGCCUUGACCUUUGUUUCUGGCUCCUUUCUCUCUGUGAGUCUUGCUUAAGUGACCUUGGCUUGUUUUGUAAUCAUUUAUAGCCAUUCCUUUCCCUUCGAAUCUGGCAGUAAAGUCACACAAGUGGACCUGCUGAUAAUUAAGUCACGUGACAACAUGAACUACAUAGACCCAAUCUCAAACAAAACAAAAGGCUAAAGAGAUAGAAAACCAGUAAGUGGUUGUCACAUGUUAGCUUGUAAAGUGUCAUAUCAAGCAUUCAAGUACAAAUGAAGAAAUGCAUCAUUGACUGUGACAUAUAUAAAAUGAGUUAGAUUUGAGAAGAGUUCUCUCUCAGCUCAGUGCCUAAAAUGUGAUCAAUGUAAAAAUGUGUCUCCUUUUAAAGAUAUGGCAUUAAAAAAUUAGUAUUUGAAAGAA